AUGCGCGCGCCGGCCGCGCCGCACCUGCAGCAGCACCGCCGCGCGGCGCCCGUGCCGGUCGCGGCGGCGGCGGCGGCGCAGCGGCCCGCGGCGCAGGUGGAGCGGGAGCAGCAUGCGCUGCUGCUGCACCAGCUGAUGCUCGAACGCGAGCGCGCCGUCCGCGCGGCCGCCGCCGCCGCGGCGGCCGCGCAGCAGCAGCAGGAGGAGCAGGAGGAGCGGGAGCGGCAGCAGAAGCUGGCGCUGCAGCAGCGGCUGUUGGAAGAGAUCAUCCAGCAGCGCGCCGCGCGCGCUGCUGCCCCGCAGCAGCAGCAGCCGCCGCAGCAGCAGCAGCAGCCGCGCCUGGCGCUGCCGCGCGCGCCGCUGGCGCCCCUGCCCGGCGACGGGAGCGAGGCGGUCUCGGUGAUGGGGGAAUACCUGGCGGGCCUGCGCCCAGACCUGCCGCCCGGCGUCCUGCCGCCCGGCGCGCUCUCCGCGCUUCCCACUGCGCCCGACGGCCGCCAGAUCGACCUGCGGCGCCUCUUCUCAUCCGCCGUGGCGCGGGGCGGCCACCUGUGGGUGACGCUGCUCGGCCGCUGGGGGGAGGUCGGCGAGGAGCUGGGCGUGGGCGGGGCGGAGGCCGGCGCGGCGCUGCAGGCGGCGUACGAGCGGCUGCUGCUGCGGUUUGAGCGGAUGUAUGAUGCGGAGGGGUACCUGCGCGCGACGGGGCGGCCGUCGCCGAUCGCCGUCGCGGAGGCCGCCGCCACCGCCGCCGCCGCGCCGCGCCCGCCGGCGGCGUCCGUCCUCGGGCGCGCGGGGCAGCUGCAGACGAUGCGCGCGCUGCUGCUGGCGCGCAACUGA